GGCCGAACCACACAUCGAAACUGUCGCACUACUCAUAGAGCAACAAAAUGAUUGCCCUCGUCGCUUUUGACCUCGACGGAACUCUUGCCGAGAGCAAGCAGCCCUUAAAAGACACGAUGGGCGAGGCAUUGGCUGAUCUCCUGUCUGUCGCCAACGUCGCGGUGAUCUCCGGAGGCGAUUGGUCACAAUUCAGAAAGCAGGUCGCGAGCCGCCUGCCAGCACGAGCAGACCUAUCGAAGCUGUGGCUAAUGCCAACCACCGGAACCAAACUCUACACGCACAAGAAUGCCGACUGGCAGGCGGUUUACGCUGAGCUGUUCAGCGACGAUGAGAGAAAGAAGAUCAUUGCAGCGUUCGAGGCCUCGCUCGAGGCAACGGGCUUCAAACCAGAGCAGACCUGGGGCGAGCGCAUCGAGGAUCGGGGUAGCCAGAUCACCUUUUCCGCCCUCGGUCAGGAAGCACCAGUCGCAGCUAAGGAGGUUUGGGAUCCUGAUUUCGCUAAACGCAAGGUCAUCCAGGCGGACUUGCACAAGCGACUGCCCGACCUGUCAAUCAAUAUGGGCGGCGCGACGUCGAUCGACAUCACCCAGAAAGGCGUUGAUAAGGGGUACGGCCUCAAGAAGCUGCGCGAUGCGAGCGGUAUCCCACUCGAGCGUAUGAUGUUCAUUGGCGAUGCCAUAUUUCCGGGCGGUAACGACUACCCUGCGAAGGAGCUUGGGCUGGAGACAGUGCAUGUAAAGGAUCCGGACGGGACGCUCGCCGCAAUUGCCGCUAUUGUUGCUUGCCUCAGGUAGCGAAGACUGUAUCUCAAAUAACAGGAGAAACAGCGAGGACCGUGAAGAGCCUGGGCAGAAAGCGAAGUUGGACAGAUGAACCGGGGAGGAUAAGCAUUUUGCUCCCAAGCAGUCAGCUCUAGGAGAAACGAGGACAGAAAAGGGAGAUGGGGUUGUGACUGAAGUCAAGAUUCGAUAUGCACUCAAAUUCAGUACUUUUGGCACCAAAAUCAUCCUCUUUUAGACGGUAAUCUCCUGAAGCAAGUCUACACCACUUCUCGUCGCUUUGUUACGAACUCCAGAAGAACACGAGGCCGAAAAUGAAUGUAUAGCAUAUGCAUCAUUUUCGAAUCCAGUGAUCUCUCCUCAAAUCGAUAUUUCUUCCAUUAAUUUAUGAAUAAAUA